AUGCCCUCUCCUAUACCGACGCCUUCCAAAGGUAAUGAACCUAAAUCGUAUAUAUCUUCCUCAUCACCAGUGGUAGCUCGAUCAUUGUCUCGAAACAUAAGCAACGCUUCACCCACGCCAGGUUCUGCUGCAGGUAACGGUAACAGUAAUGGUAAUGGAAUAGGUAUAGGUACACCUUCAAUACCUAACAUACCACCUAGAUCAGGAUCGAUAUCAUUACAAGCUAAACCAUCUCUAUCAACUUCUUUCAAAUCACCUUUAAGUGGUGGCGGCGCAUUUACACCACCUAUCAACAGGAGCUUUGGUUCAUCUUCGCCAAAUCAACAAGGUAUAAACUCAAAACCAAGGAAUAAAGAUUCGUUGGAUAACCUUAAUCUAUUAGGAAGGAAAACAUCGAUAUCGAAAAGUGUGAAUGAUAAAUCAUCAGCAUUAACUGCUGCUUUAGGAACGAAUUCACCUUCGCUAUCACGUCAACAUUCAGGUAAUAUCAGUACCCGACCAACUUUAUCCAGAGCAAGUUCAAGUACAGGUACUUCGACUCCAUUCAAAAAUAAUGGAAAAGGAAAAGAAGUUGAAGGUGGUGGUGGUGGUGGCGGUGGCGGUGGUGAUGCAGGAGAAUCGAGUUUCUCCAAUUUGGCAUUAGCAGAAAUUUCGAAUGAAGAAAAAGCAAAAGUUUUAAGUAGACAUUUGGUUUCUGCUGAAGAAAGAAGAGAAAAUUCAAAAGUUCCUUCUCCAAGUCAAACUCCAGGUGAAAGUUCAAUUACAACUCCAACUCCCCCUAAAGAAGAUAACGUGGAUGAGGCGCAAAAUGGAAGUGGAGGAAACGAUAGUAGUGUAUCAGGUUACGGAAGUACAGAUAUCCAUGUGAGAGAAGAGAGCGAACAAUUUCCAAUCCCAUAUGACGCUGUGGGUGGUGAUGUUACACAUGACUUAUACAAAUGGCAACACUCCCAUCGACCCCAUCAACCAGUCAGAUCAGCUUCGUUCUCCCAUGUCCCUCUGGAUAGAUCAGCGAUCCUCGACCCCACUCUAGCUCACAUCAAAGAACCCGGAGGGUUCAGGAGAAACUUUGUCUCUACCAAAGCUGCGGAACAAGGGCUGGAAGCUCCUAAUAUGGUCAGGAAUGUAGUCGACUUCUUGUUCCUCUACGGUCACUUUGCUGGUGAAGAUCUGAACGAAGAUGACGAUGUGGAAGAAGAUGAUGAACAGGAAGACGAGGAGUCUUAUCCUGCAGUAGCGUCAACUUCUAAUGGAACCUAUGCAAGGAGAGGAUUCACCUCUGAAGCUGAUUCUGGUCUACCUCAAAUCGCAAGAGGCGAAAGAGCGCCUUUAUUAGGUAGCACAAAGAGAGGAAUGAGUAUGACUCGUCACAGAAGAACCAAAUCUGGCGCCCAUCAGGGAACUGCAAGUACGACUCAAGCUCUCUUAAUGUUGCUCAAGGGUUUCGUUGGAACUGGUAUUCUAUUCAUGGGCAAAGCUUUCUUCAAUGGAGGUAUCCUUUUCUCUGCUAUUGUCAUGCUUGCUAUUGCCGCUAUAUCACUUUGGUCCUUCUUAUUGCUCGUUCAAGCGUAUAUGAAGGUUCCAGGAAGUUUCGGAGAUAUCGGUGGAGCUUUGUAUGGUAAUUACAUGAGAUUGGCAAUUUUGAUCAGUAUUGCUGUUUCUCAAAUCGGUUUUGUAGCUGCAUACACCAUCUUCAUCGCUGAGAACUUGCAAGCGUUCUUUAUGGCUGUCACUGAUUGUCGAAUGUAUAUAUCUAUCAAAUGGUUGAUCUUCGGUCAAUUAGUCGUUUUCUUGCCUUUGGCGAUGAUUAGGAACUUGGCGAAACUCAGUGGAACAGCAUUGAUUGCUGAUGCGUUCAUCUUGAUCGGAAUUAUCUACAUUGCCGUCAAUGAAGGAUCGGUUCUCUCUAAGUAUGGCGUGGCAGACGUCAAGCUCUUCAACCAGGAUUCGUUCCCUUUGCUUAUAGGUACAGCUGUAUUCGCGUUUGAAGGUAUUGGACUAGUUAUCCCGAUCACCGAGUCUAUGCGAGAACCACAAAAGUUCCCAAAACUGUUGUCCAUCGUCAUGUUCAUCGUCGCGGUCCUCUUUGCUGGUGCAGGUGUAUCCUCCUACGCUGCUUAUGGCAGUGAUAUCCAAACUGUUGUCAUUGUGAACUUACCUCAAGAAGACAAGUUCGUUCAAGCGGUACAGUUCUUAUAUUCCGUCGCUAUCCUACUCUCCAUCCCUCUUCAACUUUUCCCUGCCGUUCGAAUCAUGGAGAAUGGGAUAUUCUCUCGAUCGGGUAAACACAACUCUUCGGUGAAAUGGCAAAAGAAUGUUUUCAGAAGUGUGAUUGUUCUGUUCACCAGUUUGCUGAGUUGGGCUGGGUCGAGUGAACUGGAUAAAUUUGUCAGUCUCAUAGGAUCCUUCGCCUGUAUCCCGUUAUGUUUCAUUUACCCACCGUUAUUACACCUGAAAGCAUGUGCCAGAACUCGAAAAGCUAUUAUCAUGGAUUACACUUUAAUCAUCUUUGGAGUGAUAGUCGGGGCGUAUACAACAGUCCAGACUGUCAGAAGUUUGUUUAUACCAAGUGGUGAUUCGCCUAAACUCGGUAAAUGCGAAGUGCCCAAUGGGUUAUAA